GCAGUGUGUACGGGAAGAGUAGUGCUGCGCUUUCAGAUGUGAGGAUGGAUGCUGGUCUAUUCACCUAAUUAUUGUUUGCUAGGUGCCAAAACUGUGAAUAUGGCUCGAGAUUACAAACCCGGGGAUCUGAUUUUUGCCAAAAUGAAGGGAUAUCCCCACUGGCCUGCCAGAAUUGAUGAAGUCCCCGACGGUGCUGUGAAACCGUCCAACAUCAAGUUCCCCAUCUUUUUCUUUGGCACCCAUGAAACUGCAUUCCUUGGUCCAAAAGACGUAUUUCCUUACCAUCCUAACAAAGAGAAGUAUGCAAAGCCUAAUAAAAGAAAGGGCUUCAAUGAAGGCUUAUGGGAGAUUGAGAACAAUCCAAAUGUUGAGUUAACUGCACCCAAGCCGACUACUCUGGAUACGAUGGGCGGGAAAGGUUCUGACGGCGGUCCAGAGGGUGACGAAGACUGUGACGUCAAAAAGCUGAAAUUCAAAGUUCCAGAAAGUGAGGCUGGACAAGAGAAUGAGGAGGAGGAGGAGGAGAUGAUGAUGGAGGAGGAGGAGGAGGAGGAGGAGGAGGAGGAAGGGUCUCUGGAGGUGUCUGGUCAGGGCCCUGAAAGCCAGGAUGAUUCUUCACAAAAGGGAACCUCAGACGCAGCUAACCCAAAAAGAGGGAGAAAGAAAAAGGGUGAUGGCGACCAGGACUCUGAGAAGGAGGAGGACCCUGCCAGUCCAGCCAGCCCCUCAGGUGGAGAAGGUCCUAAGCGGCGAGGCAGGAAGCCCAGGUCUGAGAAGAGCCUCUCCCUCCACCAGCAGGACCUCCAGGGCUCUGGCAGUGAAAUGGACUCUGCAGAGUCGGACAGGAAGAGGAAGCGGACAGCGGAGGAGUUCAGGAGUGCAGAGCAGCAGCAACAGGAGAGGAAGAGGAAGGAGGAGAGCAAGGUGAAGGAAGGGGACGGGAAGGAGCCCGAGGCCAAGAGGAAGAGGCAGCCCAAGGAGGACAGCUCCUCCGGCUCGGAGGACGAGGAGAAAAGCAAGAAUCGAAAGAGAACACCCAACUCCAUGGACAGUGACAAGGAUGUAAGGCGGCGCAAGGCGGAUGAAUUCAGGGAACAAAGCAAAGACGAUGCAAAGAAAGGUGAAGAGAGGAAAGGGGAUAAGAAAAAAGAAAUCUCAACAGAAUCCAAACUGCAAAGGUUGCAUGGGGAAAUCAAAAUAUCUCUAAAAAUCGACCACCCGGACGUGAGGAAGUGUUUGGAGGCGCUGGAUGAGAUUGGCACGCUGCAGGUGACCACGCAGCACCUGCAGAAACAAAGUGAACUCAUCGCCACGCUGAAAAAGAUCCGCAGGUUCAAGGCCAGCCAGGACAUCAUGGACAAGGCCAGCAUGCUGUACAACAAGUUUAAGAGCAUGUUCCUGGUGGGGGAGGGGGACUCCAUGAUCAGCCAGGUGCUCAAUAAGUCCAUCGCUGAGCAAAGGCAGUAUGAGGAGGCCAAGAAGGGAGCGCUGAAAAGAGCCGAACAAGCCCGGGAAAUGAAUGCAGAUAAGAUCUCCAAUGGUGAUUUCAACUUGUUAGACAAGAAGGAUACUGAGAGGGAAAAGGCUGAUGAGGAGACCACACUUGGAGAUAAUAGUACUGGGAAAUGCGUGGAAGAUGCCAUUUGAGUCAACAAACCUUUCUGGAGAAAUUACUUUUCCCUCAGUUUUCUUACAUGACAUUGUCUUAACGUAUAUUUAAAAAAACUGGCAUCAGAUUCCAAUAUUGCGCCUAUCGAUGUGCCUCAGUUCUGUGAAAUGCACAUGGUUUGUCCACAGGUAACAUUGUCAAAACCUUUUUUUUUUUAUGCUUUUAGUUUGGCUGUUCACUAGGGUGGCUUGCUUAAAAAAGAAAAAUUCAAAACGCACAUUUGAAUCAGAGAGGUUUCAAGCUGCCAAACCCUGGGUUUAAUAGAGAUGUUGAGUAUUUGAAUGUUGUUAUUCAAGAGAAGAAGCUGUUCACAACGUUCUUUGUAUAAAAGCCAAGUUAGUGGAUUAAGUAGUUUCACCAUUGUAUUCUGAGGUCUGUUUUUCAGGUGUACAAUAGAGAAGUGAUGGACGCCAAAGUUUAUUUUGCCAAAACGUGCUUUAAUUCAAUCAUGUUUUAAGUGUUUCUCUAACAAAUGUAAAUAAGAGUAUUUUCCUGUCCAUCAUAGAGUCCACUAAUAAAGCAGCAGUUUCUCAAAUGUU